CCCCUAACUCCGACCCAGCCCAACUCGCCCCCCUCAGGCCAGCAACGCCGUAGGUUGUAGUGGGAUUUAACUCCUUCUGCAGCGCAUGCGCCGAAACCACAGAUACAAACAAGGAGGGGGUGGGGGAAGGAGGAAGGAGCUUAAGACACUCCUGGAGAGUAGUGCACACCCUCCCAUUUGGGCUCGCGCUGCUGCCGUUAAGGCGGGAACCGGCGCGAUCGCCAUUCCAGCGCGAACCUCACCAACCACCGUGCGCGCGGAUCCAGAGGCUCGCGCUGGCGGCCUGAGCGAGCUCGCGCCGAGCCCGGAUACUGCGCCUGCGCCGCGGCAGAGGCUCGUCUCUACCGGGUCCGCUCUCCUCCGACACCCCAGCAACGCCGACUCCUCACCCCUUUGAGCCGCUUGACCAGGGCACUCUUCUGCCCGCUCUUGGCUAGGCCUCGCUGCUCCAGUGCGGCCUUCAGGUCGGUCACCCGCAGCGCCUGAAGAGGCUUCCCGUCCAGAGUCACCUCCUCCAGCUCCGCCAUCUUGCGUGAGGUACUCGGGUCCGUCCCGACGGCUUCGGGCAUCUUCGGUAAUUUCCGCCAACGCCCUUCGAACGUACCGAGAUGACCCCGCCCACUGCCAUACUCUACCCCUCGAUUACCACUCAGAACUCCCCGGCUUCCUCCGGAUGUCCUCGGAUAUUUCCGUCUCCACAUCGGCACCAAUCAAUUCUUUCCAUCCGCCCUGCAGCUCCCCUAUUCUCGCCCUGCUUUCAGGCUCGGUUUUCUUCGUCUUGCCGAAGCUUUGAAUCGAAUAUAUUCGGAAGCCCUCGACUCUGGUAUAACCAUAAUCGGAGAUGUUCGUUUAUCUCCGGACCUAGAGAUGAGGCGCUGGGGCGCUUGGGUGUUUGGGGCGGGUCCGAGGCCGGAAGUGCGUGGGCUGCCGGGCUGGCCCAGCUUAGGGUUUUCAGGAAACUUGGAAGCCGCAGCGGUAGUUGGAGUCUAAGGACUCCUGACAAUCUUCGGGUGCCCUCCGAGAGAAAAGGGGAGGUAAGCGGGGUGGAAGUACCUCUAUGGGCCGGGUCAGACUCGGUGUUUGCGGACUAUCCUAAUAGGGCAAGCCACCUACUCCUUAACGCAAACAGCUUCUGCCCUCUGUCCUCUGAAUCCCAGCCACUCCCAUCUUAGGCUUUUUUUUUGGUGGGGCCUGUGGAGGGGGGCGGAAUCGGAAUAGCAAGCUCCGUGGCCUCCAAAGUGGGGAAGAGGCAGGCAGCGCCGUGUCUUCGGACCCAGACUAUGAACUGAUUUAUGACGCUCAACUUGAGUUUGAGUUUGCGUUUGCCUUGGAAGCCGUGUGGCAAGAUUCUGGGAAAAUUCUCCGUUUCUCCGAAGAAGAGAGUAAGUUCCCUUGGAGGAACUGCUUCCUGUAGGGCAAGAACUGAAAAAUGCAAGCGCCCUGAACUUUUUUGGAUGCCACUGGAGUCAUCCUCUUCAAUGCCGCUAUCCUUCCCAUCUCUCUUACCCUCAGUACCACACAAUACUAACCCUUCCCCUCCUCCGAUGUCUUACAUCACCUCCCAGGAGAUGAAGUGUAUUCUUCACUGGUUUGCCAAUUGGUCAGGUCCCCAGCGUGAACGUUUCCUAGAGGACCUGGUAGCUAAGGCAGUGCCAGAAAAAUUACAGCCAUUGCUGGAUAGUCUGGAGCAGCUUAGUGUGUCUGGGGCAGACCGACCACCUUCUAUCUUUGAGUGUCAGCUACAUCUUUGGGAUCAGUGGUUUCGAGGCUGGGCUGAGCAGGAGCGCAAUGAGUUUGUCAGACAGCUGGAGUUCAGUGAGCCAGACUUCGUGGCAAAGUUUUACCAAGCAGUGGCUGCUACAGCUGGUAAGGACUGAUAGGCAUUCAGACCAAAGAAGAUAACCAUAGCUGAUGGAGCCAAGGCCAUGACUCUCUACAAUGAUAAUUCAAAUGUGUCAUCUAAAGCUCUGGAACUGGUAUUCAGACCAGCUGACUGAACUCACUGACCAGUAUAGGCAUGGUUAUUUCAACAGUAAUAGCAUGUCAACUGGACUCCUAUUUGUAAAUAUUAUCAAUCUAAGCAAUCCCGCUUAUCAGUCUACUAGUUUGCUUCUUUCCAAGAGAUGUCAAAUCCUCAAGAAUUUGAUGGCUUCUUCUGCAGCUAUAACCAAAAAGAACCUACACAUUAUAACUCAGGCCCACUGCUGGCUCAUGAAGUGUGUAAAGUAGAACCCUCCUUCCCCAGAAAUAAGACAGGACAAUAAAAGGUGGCAUUUUUAUAAUUUACCUGGAUUCCAUUGGCUGGUUUUACCACUCCUAUCAGAUUCUAGUGUAAUUGUGUGAUACCCAAACUAUUAGCUUUCCCAGUGAUGAUUUAAUAAAAUUAUGAAAAAUCAGGA